AUGACAGCUGUAAAUGCUGGUAAAAAAUUCUGGGGUUGUCCAAAUUACAAGUUUGGUGAUGCUGAAGAACAAGGAUGCAACUUUUUCAAGUGGUCUUUAGAGGAAUAUGUGGAUGAAAGGGAUUUGUUGAUUGCUAGGCAAAGGAGAAAGAUGAACAAUCUCCAGAGUUCUCUGAAGUCAAUAAGAUGGAAACAAAAGGAAGAGAAGGCUGCAUUAGAUGCAAAAUGCAAAAAGGUUAGCAGCCAUAUAAAUGAUAAUGCCAAGAAGCGAAUGGAACUUAUGGAGGAGGAGAACAAAUUGGAUGUGGAAUUACGGGGUAAGUACACAGAAAUGGAAGAGUUGAGGAGGCAGGAAGAAACUCAACAACAAAAACUUGUAAAAGCUAGGGAGGAACUUGCUAUUGCUGAACUUGAACUUGAGGAGAUGGUCCCUUAUGUAGCUCCUAAGGAUGAGCUUGUAAGCAUUCUUAUGUCCUUAAUUAUAUCAUUCACAUUUUUGUUUAAAAUGUUUUUCAUACAUUAUCACUAUAAAUACCAUGCUAUAAGCUAA